AAAAAAAAAAAAAAAAAAAAUUCGUCAUUAUUUAAUCGUCGAAUUUCAAAAACAACUUAUGUUCGUAAUCGUUUGUGUGGACGAAAACAAAAUAAAAUGGUAUUUGAACAAGAAAUAACAACCAACGAAUGUGAAGGAAAUUCAUGUGUAAAUGUUGCCAAUAUUAAUCAAAAUAAUCAAUUUAAGACAAGAUAUGAUGAUGAUCAACAACAACAACAACAACGAAAUUCAAAAUCAGAACAUCAUAAUGAUGAUGGUGGUGGUGGUGGUGGUGGUAAUAGCUCCAAUGUUAUUGUUAUUGAUCAUUAUCAUGAUGUUGAUAAUAAUCAAAAACAAAUUCUUAAUGAAGAUGAAGAAGUUGAUAGUAGUGAAGGACCAACAGCAACAACCAUUAUAUCCGUUUCGAAUCCAAAUGCUUUUUAUGAUGAGCCAAGAUUUGUUGGAUUAAAAAAUCUUGGCAAUACUUGUUAUGUUAAUUCUACAUUACAAGCUUUAUAUGGAUCAAAUAAAUUACGACAAUAUCUUCUCAGUAUUCAAUCUUCAUCCACUAGUCCAACAACAGGACGAAUACAGUUGUCAUUAUCAAGAUUGUUUCAUCAGAUGAAUCAAAAAGGCCAAAAAGCAUUGCCAACAACCAAUAGAUAUGAUGUGAUUAAACCGGAUGAAUUUAUUCGUGAAUUUCGUUCGAUCAAACCACAAUUUGUACGUAAUGAACAACAUGAUGCACAAGAAUUUCUUACAAUUCUACUUGAAUGUAUUCAUCAAGAAGAUAAUAAAAUUCAGAAAAAUGAAACAACAAAACAAAAUUUUGAACCAAAAAAUGCUAAAGAAGCAUGGCAAUAUCAUCUAAAUCAUGUUGAUAAUAGUUUUUAUUCAAGGCUAUUUGUUGGUCAAGCAGAAUCAUCAUUAGAAUGUUCAAUAUGUCAACAUUCAAGUGUUUCAUGGAGUAGUUUUUGGCAGCUAAAUCUUCAUCUUAAAAAUGAUAAUGAUAAUAAUGAUGAUGAUCAUAAACAACCACAACAAUCAUCAUUAAGCAUUGAACAAUGUAUUCAAGAAUAUAUGGCCUGGGAGACAUUAACUGAUGCGGCAUUUUGUGAAAAUUGUCAACGACGACAACCAUCAAGAAAACGUUUGACAAUAUGUCGUGCACCACAUUAUCUUAUUGUACAUUUAAAACGAUUCACUCAUACUGGAUCAAAAAUCAAUCGUAAAGUAAUUAUUAAUCAAACAUUGGAAAUUUGUGGAAAAAAAUAUGACAUUUAUUCAUGUAUAUUACAUCGUGGUACAGAAACUACCGGUCAUUAUUUUACAUUAUUUCGUCCAUAUUAUAAUUCAUGGUUAUUGUUUGAUGAUGAUCAAAUUUCAAACGAUUCAAGUAUUGAUUGGAUAGAACAUUGGCUACAAAAUUAUUCAUACAUUUGUUUUUAUCGUGCUGUGGCCAAUAAAAUCAUCGCUUGGAAUUGAUAAAUUUUCUUCUUUCUUUUUUGAUUGAUAGAUCAUUGAUCAAUCAAUCAUCAAG